AAGACCAUCACUAUGACCGAUGGGGACUAUGAUUAUCUGAUCAAACUCCUGGCCCUUGGAGAUUCGGGGGUGGGGAAGACGACAUUUCUUUAUCGCUACACAGACAAUAAAUUCAAUCCCAAGUUCAUCACGACAGUAGGGAUAGACUUUCGGGAAAAACGUGUGGUUUAUAACACACAGGGACCAAAUGGGUCAACAGGGAAAGCAUUUAAGGUGCAUCUUCAGCUUUGGGACACAGCAGGACAAGAGCGAUUCCGGAGCCUCACCACUGCGUUUUUCAGAGACGCCAUGGGUUUCUUAUUAAUGUUUGACCUCACCAGUCAACAGAGCUUCUUAAAUGUCAGAAACUGGAUGAGCCAACUGCAAGCAAAUGCUUAUUGUGAAAAUCCAGAUAUAGUCUUAAUUGGCAACAAGGCAGACCUGCCAGACCAGAGAGAAGUCAACGAACGGCAAGCCCGGGACCUGGCUGACAAAUACGGCAUACCAUAUUUUGAAACAAGUGCAGCGACUGGCCAGAAUGUGGAAAAGGCUGUAGAAACCCUUCUGGACUUAAUAAUGAAACGAAUGGAACAGUGUGUAGAGAAGACCCAAGUCCCCGACACUGUCAAUGGUUGUAGUUCUGGGAAGCUGGAUGAGGACAAACCAGCAGAGAAGAAGUGUGCCUGCUAA